GUCAUUUGACGUCAUUUAAAGGCGACGCACUUUGUUGUGUUUACCUUCGGGUAGAAGAAGCAGCGUUUACGGUUUUGUGGAAAUCCUCAUUCACAGGCAAGCUUUCUCUAAACGCCUAGACUCUGUCUGUUACAAGCUUUCCUGUCCACCAUGGCGAGUACAACAGUGAAGUUUAUCUGGUGUUCUUGCCGCAACUAUAAAAUCCAGUCCAAAGACACGCACGAAAAGUGUUUAAUCUGCCUGGGAAUCCAACAUGCCAAAGAAGCUGUGCUCGAGUAUGGAAAAUGUCAACACUGUGCCAAAAUGGACUGGAGUACUUGUAUUAAGCGUCUCACCAAGGUUCAGGAGGUGAUCCAUCAAGAGGCCCAGCAGCGGAAAAGCGAGGCGUCUCAGAAUGGAAUUCAGCCUAAACUUGAAGCGGUGGCAUCGUCAGCUAAAUCUGUGAGAGUGGUGUCUGCUACACCUACUGUAAAAGAGACUGCAAAUGCUGCUCCUGGACCAUCUUUCUCCACUGCACCCGUUAUGUUCACUCUUGUCUCACCAUCUAUGGACUUGCCUGACCCAAACGCUGCAGCGGUAAAAGGUACGUACCUAUCACAUGUCGCCUUGCAGCAUAAGCUAGACUCGGCUCCAUCUGUAGCGCCCACAUCAAUGCCUUCGACCUCACACAAGAGAUGCCAUUCGUCUAGGUGUCACUCAUGCUGCACGAGGCACUCAAGCAGGGUAUGUGGACGGAGAAGGAAACGGCCCCUGACUUCGUCCUCAUGUUCGUCCUGGAGCUCUGACUCCUCCUGCGAGUCUGUUCGGGAGAAAAGGACCCGGAAGGAAACGAAGAAUUCUACAAAACUUGACAGGAAAAGUGAUCAGCUGCUUAACUUGGUGCAGCAGAAACUGGAAGCCCAGCAGAGGGCCAUGCAAGUACAUUGGAGCGCAAUAGAGAGAAGGCUUGAUGUCUUGGAGAAAAACAGAAUACAGGUCGACGUUACAAAUUUAGCAGAAAGCUCUCAAGUGGAUCAGGGACAACAGACUGGUAGCACUGCUAGUUCUGGAUCUGUUUCUCUUUCUAAUGUAGUAAAGCAAGAAGACGGGCCAAUAGAUAUCUCGCAUGCUUUAAAAUCUAAUUUAUGGCCACGGGUGAGUUCUGUGCAAGAGGUUCUCACGUCUGAUGAGCUGCAGAAUCUCAUAGUACGGGCAGCCAAACACUUGGGUAUCAAUUUUCCUAAAUCUCAAAAUGACUCCCCACAUCCAGUUAUGUUGCCAGAGUUUGAGGACUUGGUCCAAAGUACGUGGUCCAACCCAGCGAGCUCACAACCUUUCAAGCCAGUGUAUUCUGAGUUGUACAGGCUUCACGAAAGCCAGUGUCUACCUUAUGACCAGAUGCCUCAAGUAAACAAGCUUAUGUCGGCCAUCUUUCAAGCUGUCACGCCUGCAAGCACCCGAGAACAGUCUGAUCCUCCUGAGCCCUGGAGGGUCACGGAAGAGCUUGCAGAAAACUCUUAUCAAACCUCCGGCAUGCUAGCAAAGACCGCUAACUACUUGCGUUACUUGUCGGAUUACCAGAAGCGCCUCUUAGCCGAGAUUUCUGAAAACCCGACACCGCAAAGGCUCCUAGGUGUUUUCAGUGAGCUCAAGCUUAUUGGAGAGUACACCUUUCAGCUUUCUUCACACCAGGCAGAACUGUCUGGGAGGAUCAUGGCAGCAUCUGUGGCCAUUAAACGACAGACAUGGAUGGCCAAGACCAAUUGCCCAGAUUCACUGAAAGCUACAUUUGCAGAUCUUCCUUUCGUUGUCGAGACUCAAAAAUAGACACUUGGAAUUGUUCAGAUUAAGUUGUUUAUGAAUAACAUGUUAUGUGACUACUUUUACAUUCAAGAUGUAGAUUUUGAUGUGUGUGCCCCCCCACCUCCUCCUCCCCAAUUAAUUAAUUAAAUUCACCUUUUAAUGUGAUAUUGCAAAGAAAUUAAACAGGUUACAAAAGUGUGCAUAUCUAUCAGAUUAUGAAGGGAUUUAACGUGCACAGCCGUCUCCAAGUCAUUCCACGUGAUUGGAAAAGGAUUUACAUCUGGACGGUGACCUGGACAUUCCAAAACUUGAUCUUCUUUUUCUGAAGCCAUUUCUUUGUUGACUGUCGUUAUUGUUCAGGAGGUGAAAAAUUCUUCAUCGCCAGCUAUUUAAUUGAGGAUUGCACUGUUUUGUGCAGAAUUAGUUGAUUAGUCUUCUCCUAACCCCAGUCCCCGAUUGAGAGAAGCAGCCAACAAUACGAUACCUCCACCACCAUGCUUCAUCAUGUGUACGGUGUUCUUUGGGUGAUGAGCUGUCUUGUUUUUGUAUGUGUGUGAUGGCAGCCUCUCUGAUAGAUUUCAAUACUUAGAUAGUACAUACUUCAUGUAUACUGUGUUUUGUUUGUCUAUGCAUACAGUGAAUUGCAGUUUGUGUAAAUAGUUUAAAUGGGGAAAAGACGACGUAAACACACAAUAUUUUCGCCAUCUGUCCAAAAAAACCUGUUCGAAUGUUUUUGUUCUUAGCGCAUUACAAACUCUUUAAGAAAACACUAACGACUAAAGAGCUUCUUUACAAACAGAUUAGGAGAAUACUAACAUCUAAAGCUUAAAAAAAAACAACAAUAAUCUGGGAUCGCAUUAAGAACCGAAGAGCUUUUUUAAAGAACGGUCGAGCUUUUUCGCAAACAAGUUAGCAAACGUUAAGAACUAAAGACCUUUUAAAGAACGUGUUAAGAAAACGCCAAGAACCCAAAAACGGUUUAGGAAACGCCGAGAACUAUCUCUGGAAAUCCACUAAGGAACGUUUUUUUAAACAUUUUUACCAGUUUAUCGAUUCUGAUGACGAUGAAUAUCGCAUUGAAUAUCAACCAAUAUAUCGGUACAUCUCAUAUUCUUAUUUCUUCAAAACGUGAUGGUGUUUUAUAUUUUUUUAGCUUUUAUUAGAUUGAAAAACAAACAUCUACGUCUACAAAUGUACGUGUGUGUCUCUCUCUCUCUGAGUGUGUGUAGGUGUUAAUACUAUAGAAAUAAUUCUGUCUGAUCCGUGCAGUUAUACAUAACUAAUACAUUCCGGCUGAAUGAUGGGACUCGAGCAUUAUACCAGACUGAGUACUGUACAGUAUACAACACUUACUGUAUGCUAAUAGUGUGUGUUUGUGUGGUGUACAUUGUGCAGACCUCAGUACACGUGGCACGCACAGAGGCUCCGUCUUAUCACGUCGUAUCGUAGCGCCGCGCGCGGGAUUGUGGGACGGCGGCGGCCUUCACGGACAGGCGGGGGGGGAAAUAUAUAACUGUCUAAAAUAAGAGGGAGAAAAACCAAAACAACAGAUUUUACUCUAACAGCGGUGUGUACACGGAACUGACAAGCCAUGGGGCAGGAGGAUAUAAUGAGCACGGCGGAGGAUGUCGCUGAUCAGUUCCUCAGAGUGACGAAACAGUACUUGCCUCACCUGGCGCGCCUGUGUCUCAUCAGCACCUUCCUGGAGGACGGCAUCCGCAUGUGGUUCCAGUGGUACGAGCAGAGAGACUACAUCGAAGCCACCUGGAGCUGCGGCUACUUCCUGGCCACGUGCUUUGUGCUGCUUAAUCUUUUAGGACAGCUGGGCGGUUGUGUCCUCGUUCUCAGUAGAAAUUUUGUACAGUAUGCAUGCUUUGGAUUAUUUGGCAUUAUUGCGCUACAGACUGUUGCCUAUAGUAUCCUAUGGGAUCUGAAGUUUUUGAUGAGGAACAUGGCUCUGGGAGGUGGACUGCUGCUACUGUUAGCCGAGUCACGCUCUGAGGGCAAGAGCAUGUUCGCCGGCGUGCCUACGAUGGGUGAGAGCUCCCCAAAGCAGUACAUGCAGCUCGGUGGUCGCGUGCUCCUCGUUCUCAUGUUCAUGACUCUGCUGCAUUUCGAUUCCAGUUUCUUCUCGAUCCUGCAGAACAUGGUGGGCACGGCCCUCAUCAUCCUGGUGGCCAUCGGCUUUAAGACCAAGUUGGCGGCUCUCACCUUGGUGGUGUGGCUCAUGGCCAUCAACGUCUACUUCAACGCCUUCUGGACGGUGCCUGCCUACAAGCCCAUGCACGACUUCCUCAAAUACGAUUUCUUCCAGACUACGUCAGUCGUCGGCGGCCUGCUGCUAGUGGUGGCUCUCGGGCCCGGGGGCGUGUCUAUGGACGAGAAGAAGAAGGAGUGGUAAAGAGAGUCCGUCUCCUUACACGGGGGAAAAAACAAACAAACAAACAAAUCCACUGCCCAGGACAUAAGGACCCGCAAAAUCUUAAAACAAUACAACAUGAAGCCACCUCCAUUCUCUCUCUCUCUCUCUCUUUUUUUUUCUCUUUCUCUUUCUCUUUCGCUCACUUCCCUUUUUGUUUUGCUUUGUUUUUACAAAAUCACCACAAUGACAUGAGUUUUUAAGAUGCCUUGUCAUGUCCUACUGUAAAUCCUGAAUGCUAAUGAACUGCCUGAGUUGAUUCAUGUUUCUUAUCUUUUUUUUGUUUGUUUGUUUGUUUUUUUUCCUUCCCCUCUGUCACCGUUUGCCGAAUGCUGUCUUUGUAGCAUUAUAAACGUGUUCCUGUCGGGAUGCUUCACUUCUCAUGCACAUUGCUAUAUGGUUGUUGUUUUUAAAACACUUGAGAAAUAGCUGUGAAUGUGUCUGCAUAUAGACUCUGUGAAACGACAGUAAUUUAGGUCUCCAACUGAAGGGUUUCUCUUUUUUUUUUUCGAACGCGACCGAGUAUUCGAACCGGCACCGCUGCUUGUAUGUGGUGCAGCUCUCUCAAAUCAACCCACGUGUCAAAUCAAAUGGCUCUUUGUGUUAAAAGAGUGCGCAGGGUUUCCUAACGCUGCUCAUGGUGCCGAAGGGGGAUUCGUUGUGUAUGAACCACCCUACAGAAUAAAAAGGUGGAAGUACAGCACCUUCUGGCUGCUCUAUUUUUUACUCUAGCGAACUGUCUACUGUACCUGAGCUUGCAUCCAGGCAGUAAACAGACAUGCAGUUUAUACAAGCAAGCAAACAAACAAACACUAUUUUACACACCUGCACAAGUGGAAUAGGUCGAAGACGGUCUGUUAUUUCACCCAAGCUUUAUCUCAAUCUAUGUUUUUGCUGUCGUCAAAAAUAACACAUUGAUUUACUUGAGUUUAUAAGUUUGGUGUUUUUUUUUUUGUUAUUUACUUUUGUUUUCAGGCGGAGAAAAAAAUAAAAGCAAAAAAGUUA